AUGAAUGUUCUCCUCAAAGUUCGCAAUCAGGCUGCAGUGGGAGACGUUCACGAUGCGAUUGUAGCGCUGCCACAGGAUACAGUGACACUGCGCUUCCUUCUGCAUCCCUUUGGUGCCGUGACAAUGAAGGACAUUGAUGUCGCAGCUACUCACGGGGCUGUGGUGCUCGCGUACCAGGUCGAGGUGCCGCCUGAUGUUGCGGCAAAGGCCAGGGAGAAGGGAGUGGAUGUUCGGGUUUCUUCGCUGCUUCCCGACUUGAAAGCCGGCCUUCAAAAGGCAAUGGAAGCACUUCUGGAGGACCAGGAUUACCGCCCUCUAGGGAAGGGGAAGGUUGAAGCCUUUGGUGGAGGUGUGGAGGCGGGGGUGAAGGUGGUAGAGGGCGAGCUCGUCGUGGGGUGCGGUGUGGAGGUGAUAAGAGGAGAAAAGGGAAAGAUCUUCUCUGGUAUACUCACGUCACUGUGGCAAAAUGAAAGUCCCGCCAACAAGGUACGAUGCCAAAAGGACGACGUGGUUGAGGCAUUUGAAGUGGUUCACACUGUACGAACGCUUGCAGUACAAAACAACGCAGGCGUACGGUAUACGGUACGUCUUACACGUCGGAAAGUUGGUGAAAGGCACAGCCUUGAGGAAAAGGUGCGAUUCAACAAGGAUGCGCCUGAAACUUUGCCGAAGACUGGAAUAUUCUGUUUGAAGAAAACUCAAUUCGGGUAUAAUGUGCGGAUUGACGUAGAUGGUACGAAACUGAACUUGGGUAUUGCUGAUAAUGCGGGGGAUGGAGGAAAGGGGGUGGAGCUGGGGUACAUCGUACACAGUCCCAGUCGUUUUCCUUUUUACUACAGUCCGACAUCGGACAUGAUCAGAGCAGCGGCGUUGAUUGAUAGAGAGGAGGUGAAAAGUAUUACUGGGGAGGAGUGGAUGAGGAGAGUGUUCAAAGGGUUUUUCGGAUAG